GUCAGUUGAUAGGUGAUAGAUAGAAAUGAAAAGCAAAAUGGCGACGAGUUAUUUUCCCAUUAUCGGUCUACCCAUUUUUUGCAUUUUCCAUUAAUUUAUUUUAAAGAAAUAUUCUAAUUAAAUCCUAUCUACCACUGCUCUAUAUUUGAGUAAAAAUAUAAUAAACAAAGUGCAUUCGUUUGAUUCUAAUUCCCAGAUACCAAAAGUACAUAGUAAGGUGCCGAAUUUUGGAUACUGUAAUUAUAGAUUGGUGUAAAGACUCGUAAGGUCAGAAACUGUCUUUAUUUUUCAUUAGUUUGGGGCCCUGCGUAAUUUUAAUAUAGCAAAAUGUCUUUCCCUGGUCGACCACCGAUGAUGCCAGGCCUGCCCAUGCAGCCCAUGUAUGCGAUGCCUAUUGGCGCUCCAGCCCCUGGCCUUAUGCCUGCAGUUAUGCCCAUGCAACAUGUGGCUGGUGCACCACAAAUAAGGGCUUUUCCAAAACUAAAUCCUAACAGACAUGAGCCUUUAAGAGAAGGACCAGCUGUCACGGUAUUUGUUGGAAAUAUUACGGAGAGAGCCCCAGAGACGAUGAUCAGACAAAUAUUAGCUGCCUGCGGUCAUGUACUCAGUUGGAAAAAAGUUAAGGCCUUUGGUUUUUGUGAAUUAGCUGGUCCGGACGCCGGGCUACGAGCUGUCAGACUUCUGCAUGAUUUAAUGGUCCAUGACAAAAGGCUUGUUGCUAAAGUCGAUGCAAAAACUCAGGCGGUCUUGGACGAGUACAAAGCUGACCGCCGAAAAAGGCAAAGAUCAUCUCCAUUGCAAGAUGAAAAUGAAGAAGAAGAGCUUGAUGAAGAGUCUCAAUAUCUGGAUGCUCUCUCAAGGGAUAGAAUUAAACAAAUAUUAACUGAUUAUCAAGAAGAAAUGAACAAUUAUGACCACAAAAAAGAGGGUGAGGGGUAUCUUUUUCAAGUGAUGACAGCCUGGAAUAAGGUCCUAGCUGAGGCUGAAGUUGAAGAAGAAAAACGUGAUUUAAUAAGCAGAGAAAUAGGAAAAUUCAGAGAAAUUAUGAAGAAACAAGAGGAGGAACGCGAAGUCAAAAAGAAAGAGAAGAACAAAGAGCAUGAGAAAUCGCCAUCACGAUCGCCUUCGCCCAAACGAAAGGAGAAGGAGGAAAAGAAAAAGAGAAGAUCACGAUCAAGGUCUCAUGAACAUCAUGAAAAAAGCCGUGAGCGUGACAGAGAUCGCGAAAGGGAGCGUGAAAAAGAGAGAGAAAGGGAAAGGGAUAGAGAACGUGAGCGAGAAAGGGAACGUGAUCGGGACCGAGAACGUGAAAGGGAACGUGACAAAGAAAAAGAUAGAGAACGUGAAAGAGUUGACAAGUUAAGUACAAAAGAACUCAUGCGUGAAAAAGAAAUGGAAGAAGAGGCUAAGGAGAAGAAAAAGGCUGAAAGAAAGGCUAAAGAAAAAGAGGCUGCUUAUCAAGAAAGAUUAAGGGAAUGGGAAAUUAGAGAAAGACGGAAAGCUAAAGAAUAUGAAAAGGAGCGUGAAAGGGAGAGGAUCAAGGAAGAAGAACGGGAACGUGAAGCUAAGAGAUUAAAAGAAUUUUUGGAAGACUAUGAUGACGAAAAGGACGACAUUAAAUAUUAUAAGGGAAGGGACCUUCAAAGGCGGAUAGCAGAAAGACUUAAGGAAGCUGAAUCAGACACAAGAGAUAGAUUGAAAGAAAAAGAGGAAAUUGAAGAGUUGAAACGGAGAGUAUAUGCUGAAAAUCAUGAAGAUGCAGAUGCAGUAUUUGCGAAAAUGAAACAAGAACGUGAAGAUCAGUACAAGCCCAAACUGCUAAUUGACGUGAAUUUGGAGCACUGGAAGCAAAAAGAACGCGAAAAGGAGAGAGAAUUAGAGAGACAAAGGGCCAGAGAAAGAGAACGGCAACGCGAAAUUGAACGGGACAGACGGCAUAGAGAAGAAAGAGACAAAUAUGUCAUCGCACAAGCGGCUAAAGAAUUAGAAUCUAUCAAAGCCGAACCCAUCGACAGCGAUAGCGAUAUGGAUACCAGUCACUUUAGUCCUCCGCCACCAGAAGCCGAUAAUGCAUCUGUUUCAAAUGAUAAUUCAGAUUCUGCUCAGUGGACGCAAGUUCAAGCGCCCGAUGAAGAUUCGAGACAAUCGUUUACAUCUCCCGUGGAUCUGCCACAAACGCCAACCACAACAGGAAUGAAAAUAACUUUGUCCAAACCAGGAGUGCUGAGUAAUAAUGCUCUUUCUCCAUCUCAAUCCAGGAAAAAGAGAUUGGAUCUUAGAGAUGUAUUUAAUCCCGAUGAAGAUGAUAGUGAUAUUCUAGUUAAAAAACGAAAACUAGUUCCUUUAGAUUACAACGAAGACAAGAAUGUUAAAAAAGACAAACUAGACGAAUCAAAAUCUCAAGAAGAAAAACGUAAACAUAUAAAAACUCUCAUAUCGAAAAUUCCUACAGAAAAAGUGGAUUUGUUCGAAUAUAAAUUAGAUUGGUCCCAAUUGGACAGUAGUAUAAUGGAUAAAAAAAUACGUCCGUGGAUAAACAAAAAAAUAAUUGAAUACAUUGGUGAACCAGAGCCAACUUUAGUCGACUUCAUAUGCAAUAAGGUUUUGGCUGGUUCAUUGCCUCAGACGAUAUUAGAAGAUGUACAAAUGGUUCUGGACGAAGAAGCAGAAGUUUUUGUUGUGAAAAUGUGGCGGUUGUUAAUUUACGAAGUGGAGGCUAAGAAAUUAGGACUCAUUAAGUAAUUCUUUAUGAUUGUAAAUAUAAAAUUUCCUAAGUUAUCUUUCUUAUUGCAUUAAUGAAAAUAAAUGGGUCAAUACUCCUUUUAGA